GGAGGAGAGGCUGUGGGAGAAGGGAGGGACCAAAGGAGAGAGCAGAGAAGGCUUCCAACUCAGUUCGCCGACUAAGCAGAAGAAAGAUCAAAAAACGGAAAAGAGAAGAGCAAACAGGCACUUUCAGGAGCAAUCCCCUCACCUCCAAGCCGGCUGCCCUCUAGGAAUCCAAAUCCUGUGCCUUCCGAAGACAAAGGCGCCCAAAGAGAGCGGCGGCGCGACCCCAGGGCGUGGGCCCCGCCGCGGAGCCCGCACCGCCAGGCGCCCCGACGCCACGGACCAUGUCUCCCACCCCUCGACCCUCCCGCAGCCUCCUGCUCCCCCUGCUCACGCUCGGCACCACGCUCGCCUCCCUCGGCUGGGCCCAAGGCAGCAACUUUAGCCCCGAAGCCUGGCUGCAGCAGUAUGGCUACCUACCUCCAGGGGACCUGCGUACCCACACACAACGCUCCCCCCAGUCACUCUCAGCUGCCAUUGCCGCCAUGCAAAGGUUCUAUGGUUUGCAAGUGACCGGCAAGGCUGAUUCGGACACCUUGAAGGCCAUGAGGCGCCCUCGCUGUGGUGUUCCAGAUAAGUUUGGUACUGAGAUUAAGGCCAAUGUUCGAAGGAAGCGCUAUGCCAUUCAGGGCCUCAAAUGGCAGCACAACGAGAUCACUUUCUGCAUCCAGAACUACACCCCCAAGGUGGGCGAGUAUGCCACAUUCGAGGCCAUUAGGAAGGCCUUCCGAGUAUGGGAGAGUGCCACGCCACUGCGCUUCCGCGAAGUACCCUAUGCCUACAUCCGAGAGGGUCAUGAGAAGCAGGCUGACAUCAUGAUCUUGUUUGCUGAGGGUUUCCACGGUGACAGUACACCCUUUGAUGGUGAAGGGGGCUUCCUGGCUCAUGCCUAUUUCCCAGGCCCCAGUAUCGGCGGGGACACCCACUUUGAUUCUGCUGAGCCCUGGACUGUCCAAAAUGAGGACCUAAAUGGGAAUGACGUCUUCCUGGUAGCUGUGCAUGAGCUGGGCCAUGCUCUCGGCCUGGAGCACUCCAAUGACCCCUCUGCCAUCAUGGCGCCCUUUUACCAGUGGAUGGACACAGAGAACUUUGUGCUGCCUGACGAUGACCGCCGCGGCAUCCAGCAACUUUACGGGAGUAAGUCAGGGUCUCCCACCAAGAUGCCCCCUCAACCCAGAACUACCUCUCGGCCCUCUGUCCCUGAUAAGCCCAGAAACCCCAGCUACGGACCUAACAUCUGUGAUGGUAACUUUGAUACCGUGGCCAUGCUCCGAGGAGAGAUGUUUGUCUUCAAGGAGCGAUGGUUCUGGCGGGUGAGGAAUAACCAAGUGAUGGAUGGCUACCCAAUGCCUAUUGGCCAGUUCUGGAGGGGCCUGCCUGCAUCCAUCAAUACCGCCUAUGAGAGAAAGGAUGGCAAAUUUGUCUUCUUCAAAGGGGAUAAGCAUUGGGUGUUUGAUGAGGCUUCCCUGGAACCUGGAUACCCCAAGCACAUUAAGGAGCUAGGCCGAGGGCUGCCCACUGACAAGAUUGAUGCAGCUCUCUUCUGGAUGCCCAAUGGAAAGACCUACUUCUUCAGGGGAAAUAAGUACUACCGUUUCAAUGAGGAGUUCAGAGCAGUGGACAGCGAGUACCCUAAAAACAUCAAAGUCUGGGAAGGAAUCCCUGAGUCUCCCAGAGGGUCAUUCAUGGGGAGCGAUGAAGUCUUCACCUACUUCUACAAGGGGAACAAAUACUGGAAAUUCAACAACCAGAAGCUGAAAGUAGAGCCAGGGUACCCCAAGUCAGCUCUGCGGGACUGGAUGGGCUGCCCUUCAGGGGGCCGCCCGGAUGAGGGGACUGAGAAAGAGACAGAGGUGAUCAUCAUUGAGGUGGAUGAGGAGGGCAGCGGAGCAGUGAGCGCAGCCGCCGUGGUCCUGCCUGUGCUGCUGCUGCUCCUGGUGCUGGCAGUGGGCCUUGCAGUCUUCUUCUUCAGGCGCCAUGGGACCCCCAAGCGACUGCUUUACUGCCAGCGUUCACUGCUGGACAAGGUCUGACCCCCACCGCUGGCCCACCCGCUUCUACCACACGAACUUUGCCCCUGAAGGCCAGUGGCAGCAGGUGGUGGCAGGUGGGCUGCUCACACCCAUCCUGAGCCCUCUCCCUUCGGCCUCCCUUCUCAGUCCCUAAUUGGCCUCUCUUACCCUCACCCAGCAUUGCUUCAUCCAUAGGUGGGUCCCCUGAGGGCUGAGCAGGAAGGUGGUCCCUUCCUGCCUCUGGCCCUCAGGGGAAGCCUCACAGCUUGGUGUGUGUCCAACCCUAUUUGAAUGUUUUCAGAGCUCUGCACUUGAAGGCAAGACCCUCUGACCUCAUGGGCAAAGGCCAAAUGAGGUCAUCCGCUUCUUUUCCAUCCCCUAACUGCAUACCUUAAAUCUCUGAACUCUGACCUCAGGAGGCUCUGGGCAUCUGAGCCCUCUAAGUACCAAGUGUACCCAGUUGGCAGCCCUCCCACCACUGACUAAAAGGAACCUGAGAGUGUGUGUUGGAGGUGGAAAGAUUGCUCGGCUACCCUAAAGACUUUGGUUUUUUUUUGUUGUUGUUUUGUUUUGUUUUAAAUCACUCAAUGAGGGUCUUGGUGGCUCGAACAGCCAAGUUUCUCUCCACAAAGAUCUGCCUCUAUCCAACCCAACCUGGAGAACAUCCAAGGAGCCUGAGCCAUCUAGGACUAAAUGGGUUUGAGGAAACUUUUGGCAAACUGGCCCCUACUGAAUAGCCUUGGAUGUCCAGUUCAAGGUCAGAAGAGCUGAAAGCAGGGGGAACGGGCCCAGGUACAGAGCGGUCAAGGGGAGACAGCGGGUCUGAAACAUGGGGGAAGGCGCCUGAUGGCUCAGAGUAGAAAAAGACCGGUUUCACAUGCAAGUUGUUGGGGCUGGGACCCAAAGACAGCAGUCCGAGGGGACAGGAAAUGAGGUGUGGUGGUAGCAGUGUAUGCCGGGAGUCUGGGCAGACUGCAGGGCACAUGCAUGACACUGUGGCACCCAGGAGCGUGCACAUUGUAUUGGGUCUCUCAGAGAGGGCUUUAAGGAAGCCGCACUGGCCUCUUUUUUGUCUCCUUGCUUACUGACUGUGGACGGGGAGGAUAAGGGUGGCUACAGGAGUGAAGAGCCUGUAGUACAAGGACUGGGGACUCCGUAGAGACCAGACCAGGCUGGCAGUGGCCUAGCCUUGCUCAGUCUGCCUCGCUGCACUAGUGAGGCAGGUGUCUGGGUGCUCCUGGGUAGGGUGGGCUCCCCUCCCUUUCCUGAUGCAGGCACUCCUCAGCCCAUUUUACCUGCAUCCUGCCCUUCCUCUUCCCCACCCAACCAACCCAUUUGAAAGUCUCCUUCAGCCGCUGAAGCUGAAGGUGGUCAUGGUACUGGGGACUCGGGAGGGAGAGUGACACCCUGUGGAGGGGGUGAGAGAAAAGGAGUGUCUGGGUGGGGUUUGGGACCAGGGAAAACGGGGUGAACGGUGCUGGAAGCCCAGCUAAAUAUCUGUCUUGUUUGGGUUUUUUUUUGUUUUGUUUAAUGUAUAUUUUUAUUAUAAUUAUUAUAUAUGAAUGCCAUUCAAAUCGUUCCUUUUUGUUAACAAGGGGCAUGGGGGAAGGGGUGGGGGAGGGGGGCAGAGGCAACUGACCUCAGAAACCUGCAGGGCGGGGCUGGGUCAGUGCCCUCUAAGGACAUUUUUGACCUUGUUCAACCUUUCCACGAAGAAUAAACUGUGUUUCACAUUCUUUGUGUGACUAUA